AUGUGCUCAUAUGAAACUUCAUAUUUUGAUUCUGAUGAAUUCUAUCUGACAGCUCUUCAUAUUCUAACAGUAAUUGAAAUUCCUGUUCAUUUGUUUGGUGCGUUCAUCGUGAUCUUCAAAACUCCAAAAAAGAUGGCAUCAAUCAAAAAUAGUCUAUUAUCUCUCCACUGUUUGAGUGCAUUCGUAGAUUUUUAUUUGAGUUUUCUCACAUCUCCAGUUUUAUCAAUUCCUUCUAGUGCUGGAUAUCCAUUGGGAGUAUCUAAAUGGUUAAUGGUUCCCACUUCAAUUCAAGUUUAUUUGGCAUUCUCACUUGUUAGCGCAGUCAGUGUUUCAAUCGUUCUACUCUUUGAAGGUCGUUACUAUGUUCUAGCGAACGGCGCGAACUCCAAUCGUAAUUGUAAACGAAAAUUGCAUUUGAUAUUUCUCUAUUGCUUAUCCUUUUUAUUUUUCUUGCCCAGCUUUUUCAAUAUUCCUGAUCAAAAAGAAGGACAACUUUCACUAAUUCGAAAGAUACCCUGUUUUCCUCCAGAUCUCUUGAAUCGUCCCGGCUUCUUCGUUCUUGCAGUUGAUGCCACAGUUUGUGCGAUAUGUGUUGGAUCAAUGUCUUCAUUUCUAGUGAUUCAUGGUUUAUUUUAUGUGAUGUCAAUCGUUUGGCAACUUUCGGGUUCUUCUUCAAAAUCCAGAAAUUCUCACAAGCUACAGAAGCAACUAAUGAUAACUCUAGGAAUACAGGUGGUAAUUCCUAUUUCCGUGUUCUUUGUUCCAACUUUUAUUUUAAUUUUUCUUGUCUGUAGUAAUCAGUUCAAUCCGACUGUCACGAACAUGUCUGUCGUGAUGGCUGCUGCUCAUGGAGUAAUAUCUACAAUGACAAUGCUCAUUGUACAUCGACCUUAUAGAGAAGCCACACUGGAUACAUUCUACUGGAUAACUAUGAAGGAAAGAAAACCAACAGAAUCUAAAAUUAUGAUAACUGUUGUUGGUCAGAAUGCUCAAAUAGCAAAAAGAGUUAUUUCAUAA